AUGACUGAAAAAUUAAUAAUUACUUCACAAUCUUCUGCCAAAUCUGAUAAAAAAACCACUCCUAUUACAAGUAAUAUUACGGAGAAAGAUAAAAAUACUAAAACUACUUCUCUUCCGAAUAUAUUUGACAAUACUUUUAACCUUCCUUCCCAAACUGGUUCUAAUUCUUUGGCGGAAAAAACUUCUAAAAUAUUUUCGCAAUCUACUACGCCUACUUUUACUACUUCUUCACCUAAUAUAACAGCAACUAAUAAUUCUCUUGUUUUGGCUAUUGGUGUUUCCGCCGAGGCCACCGCACCGACAUUCAUGACCAUAACAAUGGCAACCUCCGCUACGAAAACCACGUGGACAGCAAUUAUAAUCUCGUUGUCCACAGCAACAACAAUCGGGAUUUUCUCCCCAAUAUCAAAGAGAACGAAAAUAAUCGCUUAA